AUGCAGCAAUUGUUCCAUGAAAACUAUGAACACAACCGCAAGGGUUACAUUCAAGAUCUUCACAACAGCAAAAUUCACACAGCCAUAACACUUCAUCCAAACAAAAGACCAGCCUACCAAUACAGGCUGCACAAUUACAUACUGAGUCGCAAAAUUUCUGAACUGCGCUAUCGGACCAUCCAGCUCCAUAGAGAAAGUGCCCUCAUGAGCAAGCUCAGCAACAGUGAAGUAAAUAAGGAAGAUCAGCAACUGGGAGUGAUGCCAUCCUUCAAUCAUUUCCAGCCACAUGAAAGGGAUGAAGUCAUCGAGUGGGAGUUCCUGACAGGAAAAUUUCUUUACUCGAUGGUGGAGAACCAGCCACCCCGGCAAAGCCUGAGCAGCGUCCUACGGGCUGCACUGGAUGACACUGUGAUGCAAGUCAUGGAAAUGAUAAAUGAGAACUCUAGAUCUAGAGGAAGGCUCAUUGAUUUCAAGGAAAUACAGUAUGGCUACCGCAGGGUCGACCCUCUGCAUGGAGUAGAGUACAUCCUGGAUUUACUGCUUUUGUACAAAAGGCACAAAGGAAGGAAAGUUACAGUUCCAGUGAGACGCCACGCUUACCUUCAGCAAUUGUUUAGCAAACCUUUCUUCAAAGAAGCAGAGGAGCUGGAUGUAAGAACCCUGCUGGAGGAUACCAGCAGUGACACUCAAUCUUCCUCUUUUCUUUCAAAUUCUUUAAAGAUUUUUUCCUCAUCGUUCCAAGGCACCAAAGACACUGGGGGACGCAGUGACAAGAAAAUACAUAUUCUUGUCCCUCUCACAGGAAGAUUUGACAUCUUCUCAAGAUUUAUGGAUAACUUUGAGAAGACUUGUCUGAUUCCCAGGCAAAAUGUGAAGUUGGCAAUAAUUCUCUUCAGUUCCGAGUCAGGCCAAGACUCCAGCAAACACAUAGAGCUGAUGAAAGAAUACAGCAUUAAGUACCCUAAGGCUGAUAUGACCCUGAUUCCAAUGGCAGGAAAGUUUUCUAGAGGUUUAGGUCUUGAAAUGGCCUCAUCUCGAUUUGAUAAUGGCACUUUGCUGCUGUUCUGUGAUGUUGAUCUGAUAUUCACACCAGACUUCCUCCAGCGAUGCAGAGAUAAUACUAUUCAGGGAGAACAAGUUUACUACCCUAUCGUCUUUAGCCAAUAUGAUCCAAAAGUAAUAUAUGGAGGCAACCCUCCAGCUGACAGUAGUUUUGUUUUCACAAAAAGAAAUGGAUUUUGGAGGGAGUAUGGAUUUGGAAUUACCUGUAUUUACAAAAGUGAUCUGCUGACUGCUGGUGGAUUUGAUACCUCAAUUCAAGGCUGGGGACUUGAGGAUGUAGACCUCUUUACAAAAGUGAUAACAUCUGGCUUGAAGGCUUUCAGAAGUCAAGAAGUAGGAGUUGUCCAUAUUUUUCAUCCAGUUCAGUGUGACCCCAAUUUAGAUCCAAAACAAUAUAAAAUGUGCUUAGGGUCCAAAGCAAGUACGCUUGCCUCUACCAUGCAGCUUGCUGAACUCUGGCUACAGAAACAUUUGGGUGUCAGGUACAAUCGAACUCUCUCCUGACAUCUCAGCCUAUUUGGCCUUUUUAGGGGAGUUUACCUCAUUACUGUUAUUAUUAUUUGAUUUUGCUGUCAUAGUUUUAAACUCCGUCCUUGUUGUCUUCCAAAGACUGUUGACCUCAAACAGGAUGAGGCUGCUGUUCACUGAUGUUUCUUAUACCUACUGAACUGGUGAGGUGAAUUCCUUCAUAUUUACUUUAUUUGAAAUUCAGUCAAGUCACAGUAAUCAUAUGAUCCCAUGGAGCACAUCCAUCACAAGAGACUGCAUCAGAAGAAUGUUCUCUUUCAGCUUUGGGAUGCAGUAUCAUCUUUGUUGCAUUUCUGAGAUUUGAUGUGAUAUAAAUAUUUGCUGGUGAAGGUACCACAAAAGUGCUUUAUGCUUCUUCUGGGGAUGGAACUCUAUAAGAUAAACUUGAGUUUUAUAAUUUAUAUGAGGACUUAUAUGUAUAAACGCUAAUUUUCUUCAUCUUUAGAAUUUUUAAAGUAAAUGAAUAACUAUGAUUGUACUUUUAUUUUUUAAAAAAAA